AUGAUCGCUUGGGCGCUGGCGCCGCUGGCUCUGGCGCUAUCGGUGGCAAGAGGCGAGCCUGCUACUGGGAUCACCCGUUCCUGCGUGACGGGCGAGCUCUGCGUGGUCACUGGCCUCGCAGGCACCGGUUUGGCAGACGGCGAUGUGAUGGCAGUGCUGAGUUUGUGCGGCACCGGGCCCCCGCUGAGCGGUAUGCCCGGGGGCUUUGGUGAGUCCUUGGCCGGCAGCAGCGGCGGCACGCACUUCAUUUGGCCCGGUCUCUUACUUGUGGACGGCGGAGAGUAUCGCCUGUGCUGGUGCAGCGUGGCAAGCCCCUGCAGCCACGAGGGCUACUUCACCACGGACGUGGGCACCAUGGUGGUCACUGGGCCCGUCUCCGGCUUGGAAGCGGCCUGCGUCAGUGGACGACUUUGCUCCAUCUCGAACAUUCAGGGUGUCUACCUGCAGGACGGGGACUCUGUGAUGGUGCUGACGGCCUGCGGCGGCGCGCAGAUCGACGGCUUCCCCAACGGCGCCAAGACCAGCGCGGGUGCCUUGCAGGGCAGCGAGCACGGUUGGGGCGAGGCCAAGAUCUCGGCGCUGGGCGGGGAGUACGCGCUGUGUUGGUGCGCCAAGGGGGCUACCUGCGACGAGACCUCGGAGCACCGGAAGCGGCUGGGCACGCUCACCGUGACGGGCCCCGCUGGCAACCUCGUGCGCGUCUGUGGCGCCCAUGAGGACUGCACCUGGUCGGGCGUGACUGGCACUGGACUUCUGGACGGAGACCGCAUCAUGCUCCUGAAAACCUGCGGCGAGGGCCCCAUCGUCCCGGGCUUUCCCAAUGGCGACAUCGCCACCGCCGCCGGAGGUGGGGGGGAUUACAGCUUCGGCGCGGACAACCUGAUCCGUGCCGGCGGCCACGAGUACGCCAUGUGCUGGUGCCAGCCCAGUGCGGAGCACGUGUGCGCUGGCCCCCGGAACUUCCUCACGCCUGCGGGCAUCCUGAUUGUGUCUGGUGCAGCGAGCGACCACGACGUCAGUUGCGUGCAAGGGCAGAGCUGCAAGUUGCUGAACUUCCACGGGGUGGGCCUCACAGAUGGCGACCAGGUCCAGGUGCUAUUGGAGUGUGGCACGAGCUCUGCUCCUUCCAACUGGCCCAACGGCGCCAUAGCGGUGGCCACAAGCGGGGGAGCGGAGUACCUCACCUGGGACGGUCAAAGCCUCGAUGUCCAGUUCGGCAACUACAGGAUCUGCUGGUGCAAGACCGCCUGGACAUGCGCAGACCCGGCAGACUUCAAGAUGGAUGCUGGUGCAUUGCGGGUAGUGGGCAUCAACCAAGGACAAUCCAGGUCUUGCCACGCAGGAGCGCCCUGCCUGGUGGCGGGCCUGCUGGGCAGCAAUCUCAGGAACGGGGACCUCAUCAAGGUUAUGACCGAGUGCGGUACGGGUGACGAGGUCUUAGGUUUCCCGAAUAACAGCACCUCUUUGCCGGCGACGGAUCUUGGCAGCAGCUACUCCUGGGGAGUGGCGGAGGUCGUCGAGGCGGCUGUGGGCGCCUACAAGAUGUGUUGGUGCCCUUACGGCAACGCGGACGGCUGCGGCGACAAGGCCUUCUUCGUGUCCGAGGCUCGCCGCAGGGCAGGCCUCUUCCUCCUUUGGUCAGUGGUUGCCGCGGUGCAGUUCGAUGCUUGCUUCGAGUCCGAGUUUGCCAAACAGAAUCGGACCUGGGCGGACGAGGACAAAGAGGUGGGCAAAAAGCUCGAAGCCCUCGAGCGGAGGUUUAAGAAGAAGCCCAACAUGAUCUUCAUCCUGGCGGACGACAUUGGCUCAGGGGAGUUGGGCUGGCAAGGGGGGGGCAAGCACCGGGGCACCCCGACGCCUGGCUUGGACGACAUGGCCUUCAAGGGCAUGCGCUUCUGGUCCGCCUACGCGGAGCCCUCCUGCACGCCCAGCCGCACCGCCAUCAUGACGGGCCGGCACCCGGUGCGCACGGGCCUCACCACGGUGCUUUGGCCCGGCCAGGAGGAGGGCCUCAGCCCAGACGAGGUGACGGUGGCCGAGGUGCUGUCGGGCGCGGGCUACCACACUGCCAUGUGGGGCAAGUGGCACUUGGGCGAUGCUCCCAAGUUCGGCCCGGAGAAUCAAGGCUUUGAUUACGCCUACUACGGACUCUACAACGGCGCCCCGGAUAAUUGGCCAGAAUCUUACGACAUGCUGGCGAAUGCGCCGAACUCCAUGAAGCCCAUGUUCUACGACUUCCCUGGGGUGGAAGGAUACCUCGAGGAGACGGGCAUCGACCUGUCGGAGGCCGCUUACGUCGCGCGCAAGGGCCAGCCGCGGCAGCCGAUCCCGGGCCCGGCGGGAAAACUUGGGCCCAGGAGGCAGGAAGCCUUCGAGAAGGAGUCCAUUGAGCAGAUUGUUCAGUAUGUCGAGGAGAAGGCCAAGGACCCGAAGCCUUUCUUUAUCUACUGGGCGACCUUCUGCCAGCAGCUGCAGGGUUUCUCCGAGCAUUACCAGGAUCCCCACGUGGACAAGAUGAACACUCAGGCCUCCAUGCUGGCAGCGCACAGCGCCCACGUGACCCGACUUUUGGGCACCCUGGAAGCGGAGGGCAUUGCAGAGAACACGUUGGUGGUGUGGUGGAGCGACAACGGGCCGAUGUACGCCUUCUUCCCAAACUCAGGCUACACCGGGCUGCGGGGCGGCAAGGGCACGGUCUUUGAGGGAGGCGUGCGGGUGCCAGCUAUGGCCUGGUGGCCAGGAAUCAUCGCUCCCAACCAGGACCCAGUGGACAUCAUCCACGUCACGGACCUCUACACCACCGCUGCCCGCCUGGCCAACGCCACGAAGAAUAUCCCCGAGGAUCGCAUCACCGACGGGGUGGACCAAAGCGCGCUCUUCAUGCUUGGGGAGGGCCACACCCGGCGCAGCUGCAUGUUCCAUUACAGCGGAGCAACACUCGGGGCCUACCGCCGAAAGGACAUCAAGGUCCACGUGAAGACCAGCGAGGGCGGCCUGCCGGGCAUGGACAUCUACAACGUGAAGCGUGACCCGGGGGAGCAGUUCGGAGAGAAGUAUCCUUACCUGCAUAUGGUCACCCCCAGCUUGAACGCCCUGCAAGCGCACAAGCGCCACAUGCAGCGCUUUCCCAACCGCGGGGCCGUAACCAGCCGGGACAUUGACUCUACGGGGGCCCGCAGACCGCAGCUUCAACGCCAGCUGCGUUGCCGGGCAGAGUCCCUCGUGGGACCCAUCCAAGAUGGCGUGGACCUCACCUAUGGCAGCGACCGCAUUGCGCUCCUGAGUUCACUGGGCACUUGCGGCUUGGAUGCGCCGGAUGCGGCCAUGGCGGGCGGGCUGAGCAAACAGGUGGAGUCGGACCAGAUGGUGCGCUUCCUGCCAUCUGAUCUCCCCUUCGGCGGUACUUGGAAGAUGUGCUACUGCGCCAAUUUCGACUCCAGCCUAGACCAGGAAGCCCUUCCCUGCCAGAGCCAGCAGGACUUUGCUGCGACGGCGGGCUUUCUGACAGUGGUGGGCGCCUUCUCGGAUCAGGUGGUGAAUUGCACUAGGAACCAGGUCUGCAGCUUUGAGGUGCAGGGCAACGGCCGGGAGUCCCGGAAGACGGCAUCACGACUUUGA